CCAGCUGCUUCUCUGUGUAGUUAGGCUGAAGGCUUCUGAGUUCUGUGGUCCCUCUUAAUUAUUGUAUUAGGGCCACAGGGCACUCCUUUUCUUGGAGAAGGGAGUACAACAGAAGUUAGCAAGGUCACCUCGUCCUUGGUGCAGAAGGGAGGAGAGAUAGCGGGCCAGACUUUGUAAGAUGCCCAAGGGGCAUCGGUGACAGACACUCUGAUCCCCUUUCUGAAGUAUUCAAAGUUAGAGAGUUGGUUUUGGAGCACUCGGUGGGCCAUGCCUAAGAUCUGUUGGCAGGGAAGAGCAGCGUAGGUUAUUCUCUCUCAAGCUUCCCAGGUGAUUCCGACGCACGCUAAAGUUUGAGAACCACUGUACCAGAAAAUACUUCCUACUGCAUCCCAGUCAAUAAAGAUAAUAGGUUCUGCAUCUGGGGACACUCGCAGCGCACUGCACCCGGCCCAGCUUCUCUCAAAAUGUCUACCGUUCAUGAAAUUCUCUGCAAGCUCAGCUUGGAGGGUGAUCACUCCACACCUCCAAGUGCAUAUGGGUCAGUCAAAGCGUACACCAACUUUGAUGCUGAGCGGGACGCUCUGAACAUUGAAACGGCCAUCAAGACUAAAAGUGUGGAUGAGGUCACCAUCGUUAACACUUUGACCAACCGCAGCAAUGAACAGAGACAGAAUAUUGCCUUCGCCUACCAGAGAAGGACCAAAAAGGAACUUGCAUAAGUACUGAAGGCAGCCUCGUCCAGCCACCCGGAGACAGUGAUUUUGGGCCUAUUGAAAACACCUGCUCAGUAUGACGCUUCCGAUCUGAAAGCCUCCAUGAAGGGGUUGGGGGCCGACGAGGACUCCCUCAUUGAGAUCAUCUGCUCAAGGACCAACCAGGAGCUACAGGAAAUCAACAGAGUCUACAAGGAAACGUACAAGACCGAUCUGGAGAAGGAUACCAUUUCCGACACAUCUGGUGACUUCCGCAAGCUGAUGAUUGCCCUCGCGAAGGGUCGAAGAGCAGAGGAUGGCUAUGCCAUUGAUUAUGAACUGAUUGACCAAGAUGCCUGGGAUCUCUAUGAUGCUGGUGUGAAGAGGAGAGGAACUAAUGUUCCCAAGUGGGUCAGCGUCAUGACCGAGUGGAGCGUGUGCCACCUCCAGAAAGUGUUUGAAAGGUACAAGAGCUACAGCCCUUAUGACAUGCUGGAGAGCAUCAAGAAGGAGGUCAGAGGAGACCUGGAAAAUGCCUUCCUGAACCGAGUCCAGUGCAUUCAGACCAAGCCCCUGUAUUUUGCUGACAGACUGUACAACUCCAUGAAGGGCAAGGGCACUCACGAUAAGGUCCUGAUUAGAAUCAUGAUCUCCCACAGUGAAGUGGACAUGUUGAAAAUUAGAUCUGAAUUCAAGAAAAAGUAUGACAAGUCCCUGUACUAUUACAUUCAGCAAGACACCAAAGGCGACUACCAGAAAGCGCUGCUGUACCUGUGUGGUAGGGAUGACUGAAGCCCGCGAUGGCCCAAGGGUCCAGGAUGGCUGCUCCGCGCUCCCAGCUAACAGUUCUACACAAUCAGCUUGUGGCUAACAGUCCCCUUGUGCCCAUCCCUGGGAGGAUGACGUUAGCACUGCCCACCCCACCCGCUCCAUCCUUAGUUUAGUUGCCUAAGCAUUACCUGGCUUUCCGAUCUAGUCUCUAUAGUCAAAGAAAUGAACAUUCCAAGGAGUUGGAAGUGAAAUCUAUGAUGUGAAACACUUUGCCUUCUGAGUACUGUGUCGUAAACAGAUGAAUAAACUGAAUUUUUACUU